AUGCGUCGUGACAACAUUUUCAGAGAAGUUAGUGACGGUGGUUUGGGUUUAAUACAUUUGUAUCUAUGGCAAACAGUUUCACGCUUCUUCUUUUUCCGUGACAAUUCCCAUCCCAUCAUUCGUUCGUUCUUGCAAGUUAACUUUGUUAAUUGUUUCCCUGACUUGGUUGUUUCCUCAAACUUCUCCGCACGUCCAUGCCUGUGGGGAUUUAUGGAGGAAGUUUACUCUGCUGUUCGAUUCCUUAAAGCCCGAUUUUCAACAGAAUAUUUGUAUACUGUAUCACGCAAAACACUAUAUAAGGACUUAAUAUCUAUGCUCUUCCCACCUCCGCUGUACCGAUCAUCAUAUUUUGAUCUUCCAGGCCAUGAUGUGUUGAAACGAGUGCAAAAAAUGUAUAUAUCUCCCAAUUCAAAAACAUUCUUCUAUAAACUCCAUUCUGAAACACUCCCCGUAAAAACAUGGUUACAAACAAAAGGCAUUUUUGUAUCGUCGGUCAACUGCCGUCUCUGUGAUGUACCUGAAACAAUAGAGCAUUGCUUCGUGACCUGCAAAGAUGCGAUUCUUUUCUGGGAUGUCCUUCAGCGAACUCUGCAGAAAGAAUUUGAAAUUAAUUCGUACACUAUUCGUUAUUUGAUGCCAACACCUCUUGAUGAAGUGCCGUACGAUAUGUUCCUUGUUAUUGGUAUGCACAGUUUGUGGAAGACGCGAAUGCAGGACCGCAACGCAGAGCCGAUCACCUCGUCACGUAUA